AUGAGGUUGGGAUCCAUGCCGGUGCUCUCCCUCUUCGUCAACGCGCUCCUCCUCUUCGUCGUCCUCCAGUCCGACGCGAAUGCGUUCGCCACCCCCACAGAUAACAUCGUGAGGCAGCUAUCGUCGGUGGUGAGGUGGCCACGCGGUUCUCCCCCCCACUCGCCCAAGCAGUCCUCACACCCCCAGUAUGAUGGGAAUGUAGCAGUGCAAUAUGAGAGUGGCUACUUUGUUGAGACGCUUGUUGAAGGAGACAAGCUCGGUGUCACGCCCCACACCAUUAGGGUGUCCUCAGUUGAGGGUGGAGAGCUUCUUGCAGUAGACUCAGCACAUAGCAACAUUGUGCGAAUAACCCCACCAUUAUCUGAAUAUAGCAGGGGAAGGCUAGUUGCUGGUUCUUUCCAGGGGCAUGCAGGUCAUAUCGAUGGUAAACCUAUUGAUGCAAGAUUCAAACGCCCCACUGGUGUUGCUGUGGAUGAUACAGGAAAUGUUUACAUUGCUGAUACAGCAAAUCUGGCAAUUCGAAAGAUUGGCGAGUCAGGGGUGACCACUAUUGCUGGUGGAAAAUCCAAUAUCCCAGGGUAUAGGGAUGGUCCCAGUGAAGAUGCAAAGUUCUCUACUGAUUUUGAUGUUGUAUAUGUGAAGAAAAUGUGCUCUCUGUUGGUCAUUGACCGUGGGAAUGCUGCCCUUCGGAAAAUCGUCCUUCCGCAAGAGGACUGUACUUACCAGGAUGCCGCAUUCCUAUCUUCAGAUAUCAUACUGGUUAUUGGUGCCGUUGUGGCUGGAUAUCUCUUUUCUGUGGUACAGCACGGAUUUGGUUCAUCAACUUCUGAAAAGAUAGAAGCAUCUGAAGAUGGUAAACAAGAGAGCAGCACUGCAGGAAAGCCACCUUUGGUUGUGGAGAGCCUUGAAGAGGAACCAAGUGCGGGAUGGCCGUCUUUGGGGACACUUGUUGCUGAUCUACUGAAGCUUGCUGUUGAAGGUGUGGAGAAUCUUGUCCUCAACAUUGCCCCGCUACGCAUGCAACCUGUGAAGAGAAAAACAGGCCUCACUCCUCUCAAAGAUAGGCCUGUGAUGACCGAGGACAGGGAGGAGAACCCAGUAGCCCAGAAGCUCAGUAGCACCCCAAUGAUAACCGAGACGCGCCAUGCUCCUAGUGCUGCUAACGAGACUCUGGCAAAGGCUCAGAAGAGCAUCAAAUCAUCGAAAUUCAGGGAUUCUACUCUCUCAAGCAAGCACAGGUCCACCAAGAGACAGGAGUACGCUGAGUUCUACGGAUCAACCGAGACACCUCAAGCAAGCGCAAAGGUCCCAAAAGACCGGCUCCGCCACCGUCAUCGGGAGAAGAGUGGGGAGGUUACCUAUGGGACUGGGCAUCCAGAGCCUAAGCCCUCAGAGAUGAAAGCGGCAGACUACAGCGAUCCGAAGUAUGAUCACUACAACAUGAGAAGCAAAUAUGGUGCUGACAGCGGCUUCAGGUACUGA